CUAUAAAUUUAAUUUUUGCAGGUUGAACCACCUCUGCUUGAUCAAGAAAUUAAAGCUGAGGAUUAGUAGUGUCGGAAUAAAAUUAAUGUUGACAGUAAUUAAGUAAAUUAUUUCCAUCAUAUAUAUGAUACUGACUUGGUUGUUGUUGGCUACAGAAUGUCAUCCAACUUGAGAAGAGUAUCACAGUACCUCAGAUGUUUUAUUCCUGGUUUCCAAAGACAGUUUACACCAUCUUCUAAAAGUAUAAAUUUUCUUAAGUACAACACGAGGUUUAGGGCUGCCAGUGCCAACUUGAACAAUGGUUUUCACAGUCAGAAAGUUUGUUUCAAUUGUGAACAACAGCAUCAGUAUAAUAAUAGGAGUUAUGGCCAAAGUAGAAAGCACUGUGAUCCAAUCAAUUCAAAGUUAACAUUUGUGACACUUGCUGGGAUAUUCAGCUUUUUCCAAACAAAAGAAGAUGAAGAAGAAUCUGAACUUAUCAUGACUAUCAAGAGAGCGGUUUUGAUGAUACAGCAUGAUGAGUUCAAAGGGUGCUGAGCAGAUGUUGCACGUUGCGCUCCGGCUGGCGCAGCAGACUCAGAACAGUGACGGAAUCACAUAUAUACACGACCUGCUGGCCAACGUGGCAUUCGCACAGGGAGAAUUGGACAAGGCUGAGGUCUUGUUCAAGGACGUGAUGCAGCGAGUCCUGUCGCAGGGCACUCCUCAGGACGAUCUCAAAAUAAUUCACAUGAGUCUCAAACUUGCUAAGAUAUACGAACAGAAACAUGACUGGCCAAAGGCUGAGGAGGGUUACAAGUUCUGCAUGAAGCAUUUGGACAAGCAGGUGCAGGGAUCAGAGGAUGAAGACGUGCUGAUGUUAUGGGGCAUGACAUUAGAUUGGUACGCGAGAUUCCUCCACGAGCAGAACCGACUGGAGGAGGCAUUCACCAAUUACAAAAAGGCAUAUGAGAUGUGUGUUAGGUUAAACGGUGAGGUGCACGAACAGACUGUGAUUCUGCUCAACGACUUGGGCACCAUCAGCUUUCUUAGAGGAGACAACGACAGUGCCAUCUACUAUAUGACCAAAGCGGUAGAGACAGGUAGGCACUUGCCGAACAUGGAAGACUUCUCCUCCGUGUACGUCAAUCUGGGCAGUAUCUACAUGCAGAAGGAGAUGUACGAGGAAGCUCAGAAGAGCUGCAAAGAGGGAUUGAAAAAUGCCAAGAGGCACAAAAACGAAGAGGGCCUGAAAGAAGCCACAGUAUGUCUAGAGGAGUUGAAAAACUUUCUCAAAAAGUAAAGUAAUUUAUUAGUGAAGUACUUUAGUGAAUUAAAUUUGUUGACUAAAGAAGUCAGAGCAAUAUUUCAGUAGAUGGAAGAGCAAACUUAUCUUUUUCAAUUAGUCAGAUAAAUCCUCUUGUUCUUGGAAAAAGACUUAAGACUUAAGAAACUCUCAAGAUGCAAAUUUCUUUAAGCAGUAAAAUUACCUUCUCUGGCAUUGCUCUUAAGGAACUAGGUUUAAUUGUAAGUUGUAUAUUGUAAGUAAAACUGAGUGUGAUCAAUAAAAAUUAUAUUAUUAACAUAAGUAUUAAAUAAUUUGUUUUUUCUUGGAAAGGGGGAAAUUGACAGGUUAUGAGGAAUCAGUUUGUGACUUUCCUAAUUUAGGACUUCUCAAGAUGCUUUAAGCAGUAACAUUAUCUACUGUGACUUGCUCUACCACCACUACUCUUUCAGCUGUUAGUAAAUAGAGAAUACUGGCAAACCUAUUUUGAUGGUUCUCGUGUAAUUUGUAAACAUCUACACUCAAACAAAAAUUUUCAAAUUUAACAUUUUUGUGGGUAGUAAGGAGAAUUGAAGUAUAAUAACUAAAUGAUAUUGGAUGAAAAUAUUACAAAUCAGACUGUUUCCUUAUUGACACAUUAAAUAUGAAUAUAAAAAGUUGAACAAUGUUUCUUUCUAAAAUAUGGUUAUUUUUCAUUGAGUUUAAAAAAGUCAUAGUGAAUGGAGGAAAUUUUAUAACUUUUGAGUGACUCAUUAACAUUGAUUUGAUCACAUUUCCUGGGAACAGAAAGGAUAACAUACCUCACUUAUCCCUCUUCCUCUUCAAAAUAUUGAUCCGCUGAACAAAGGAAAAUUUUGAAACUAAAACUUCUACUACUAAACAGGUCAAGAUUCCAUUUGAAAGUUACAUUUCUAAUUUGUUUAUAUUAAUCCACUGUUGCUAUAUUUGUGUUGGUUGAUAAAUCUUUUAGUCUUGUUGUUUCAAAUCCAAAUUUUACAAUUCUCUAGUAUAUAAUAAAAAGCACAUUUUUAAGAAUUUUCUAAAUUUUAUAUUGCAUAACAGAAAAUUAAUUCCUAGAGAGAAACACAAAUAUAAACUUUUGUACAUAAAUACAAACUUUUUAGCCGAGGGGUAGUGCCAUUGCUUUCACCAAGCUCCUUGUGUAUUAGCAAAGAACAGCUCUGUCAAAUUUAUAUUACAAUAUUAUUGUAGUAAUAUUAAUAUUAAUGUGUGUGAAUAUUUCUCAAGCAUAAGAUUACUCUGUAUAGGCUAACUAGUUUACUAGAUCUCUAAAGAAUAUAUUAUAUACUCAAAAUUUUUAAGCAUUUUAACUAUUGACUCUUCUAGUGAUAUUAUUUUAGGGAUAAGGUUCAUUAUUAUUGAUAACAUUUAUCAAGUGUCUUAAUGAGCAAUUGUCGCCAAUAACUAUUAAAAUAAUUAGCAAUAAUAAUUUUAACUGCACUCUUUAUUUAGUGUAUAAUGUUGGUAGUUGAGAAUAUCUUCUCUCUUAUACUGAAGUUACCACAUCAAUAAGAAUACUGUUUUAUAGUAAUUGAAGUUUCUAGGUGUAUGGUGUAUCACACAAUAAUAAAAAGGCCUACAUAAAUAGGUUGAAUGUGAGUGUUGUUAUUUUCUGAAUCAUAUUCGAUUUUAAUAAAGCUAUACUCUUGAAUUUGAAAAUAUUUUGUACCAAACAUCGUGUUAGCCAUUGAAAUAAACAUUCCAGCUCAAUCUGAAGAAUUAGGUAGAUUUUGUGACAGGUAAAAUAUUACUAUAGUUAAAUUUAUAAUUACAGGAUUCUGACUACGUUUGUAAAGAUAUAAUUUUGCUCUAGGUCCAUAAAGAACUAAGUUGUGGCUGACAUGUUGAAACAAAAUUGUGUAAAACCUGGUCAGUGAAUUGACCGAGAUGUUAUUUAUAUGAUCAAUUUUGUACUGAGUUGAUCAUCAACUGCUUUCAGUAUUUCUUUUUUCAGUUCUUGAUCAAAAAAUGGAGUGGGAUUAACAACUAAUUAAUAUCCAAAAAAAGUGUGUGAUAAAGAAAUAAUGUUUAUAAAUAAAUUUAGGAAUUGUAAUAUGCAUUCCAAAAGAAUUUUAUUUUGUUUCUAUGUCAAAAAAUAAUGGAGUUGUGAUUUUGUUUUAAAUUGAAUGAUCACUAUAUUGAUACAAAAUGGAGUGCCAGAUGUCAACAAACGUAGCCAAGAUACUGUAUUUAUAAGAUCAGUUUUUUUACUGUAUCAACUUGUUGGACUUUUUGGUGGGUAGUUAUCAUUUCCACAAGCUGUGUUAAAUGGAUAUGCUAUAUAAUAUAUACACUUUGGAACUAGGAAUGGUUUUGGGCCUUGGGGGUUAUGUUUACAAAAAUUAUUUAGAAAAAGUGCUGCCAUGAAGUCAUUUGCAAUAGGCCAAUUUUGUACACAAAAUCUACCUAAAACUGUGUAGACUAAAAUUAUAUUCUGUUUUCAGGUAAAUUGCAAUAGUAAUUUAAUCUCCAAAUAUUACUGAAUUAUUGCUAGAUCAGGCUUGAUUUCGGUUGCCUGCUAUUCAUAUUUGUGGAUUUGUCGAUUGGUGUAAAUAUUUGAUAGUAUUUUAAAUAGACCUAGUAUAUCCAAUUUCAGUGUCUUAUCAAGUCAUUCUAACUGAAUAUAGUAUCUCCUUGUUAUGUAAACUUAAUAUUAUAAAUAAUCAAAUACAAAAAAUCAUGAUUAAGUGCAUAGUGCAAGCAGACGUUAGUAAUUGCAAGUGUACAGAUUUUAUUAAUUAAAUUAAGUGUUCAUAUAAAAUAACUACAAAUUAUUAAAUACGACUGUAGUUCGUAUCUAUAUUGUCAAGAAGUUACUUUAGCUGCAGUUAGCGAUGAUCAUAAUCUAUGUACCAUAUCUAGGAGGGCAUUAGAUUUUCCAACAUUGAAUCUUGCCGCAUAGUUACCAGGUGAAAAGUUGAAAAUAAUGCUGCAUGUGAAUGAAUAUUCCCCUCACCUCAACUUCUAGCAUAUCAAGCAUGGUGCCAUUCUGAACUGAACUGGAGGAAAGUAAACAUGGAUCUAAUAUGAUUGAUUCUGUUUAUUUACUAUUAAGUAUAUGACAUAAAUAUCUAAAGUGUUGUUUCUAAAAUAUAUAAUUGCGGUUGUGGGAAAAUACUGUGUGUUUUGGUUUGACGAAGUCAAUAAAAUCAGGAAGAUGUGAGUAGCACAUUUCAAUUCAGUUUGUGAAUGGUGUAUCAGUACCAUCUUACUUAUCAGCUGUAAAACUGGAAAAUUAUCUUGUACACAAAUUCUAUUCCAUUUUAACACUACCACUUUAUGUCCAAAAUGUACCGGUACUGAAAUUGAAUUUUAAUAUACAGGUGCUUUUAGUGUAACUGUUUUUCCUAAGUAACGAUAUAAUAAAGUUAAAUGAAUAAUAUGGGAAUUGGUGUUUGUUAUGGGGGUACAGGCUUUCUUUGUAAAUUUGUUUACAAUAGAAUGAGGUGCAAGAGGAUGGUGAGGAAGACAAAUGAGACACAUUAUACAAUUAUUUUAUUUCUCUUUAUCUGAGUUGGACUACAUUGUUGAAUGAUAUGCUACAUCUGUAUGUUUUUACUAAAUAUACAAGUCUAUUUACUGUA